GGGAGACCAGAUAUAGUGAAUGCAGGGUCCGGGGAGACCAGAUAUAGUGAAUGCAGGGAGACCAGAUAUAGUGAAUGCAGGGUCCUGGGAGACCAAAUAUAGUGAAUGCAGGGUCCGGGGAGAGCGGAUAUAGUGAAUGCAGGGUCCGGGGAGACCAAAUAUAGUGAAUGCAGGGUCCGGGGAGAGCGGAUAUAGUGAAUGCAGUGUCUGGGGAGAGCGGAUAUAGUGAAUGCAGGUCCAGGGAGACCGGAUAUAGUGAAUGCAGGGUCCGGGGAGAGCGGAUAUAGUGAAUGCAGGGUCCGGGAAACCAGAUAUAGUGAAUGCAGGGUCCGGGGAGAGCGGAUAUAGUGAAUGCAGGGUCCGGGGAGA